AUGCAGUUCCUCGCAACUUUCUCGCUCAUUGCAUUCAUCGGCGUUGCCCUGGCCUCAGAAGAGGCGCCCUUCGCUGGUAGCUGCUCCAACGUUGCUCUCAUCGGUGACAAAAACCAAAACUACGCAAAACAAGGCUGUGUCAAAAGCCGAUCUCGAGGUUGGGCCAGUUCCCACAACUGCGCCAACAAGGGUGGGUCGGCCUACCUCUGUGUCCAGGGCUCAACCACGACUUGUAUCAGCGGCAAGUCUAACCUUAUUGCCGCUGGUCUCGAAAACGGAGAAUGCUUCAUUUAG